AAUGCAUUUCAUCCCUCAGGUGCAGAAUCAGGUGAUGGUCAAAGACGGUUGUCUUUUAAUGGUGAGCUGAACGGGCUAUUGGGUGCAGCAGGUCUUCUUGGAGCUGGUGAUUUGACAGCCAUGUCAGACUCGCCCAGACCAAUCUCCGCAGUUAACAGCAUUGCUCAGGAUAUCCAGAUAAUCCGCCUUUCAGGUGAUGAUCAGUCUACUUGUAUCCCCAUCACCUCGGAUAAUGUGGAGAUUGUUGCCAGUCAGGACUCAAGCAUCAAUAGCAAAGCUCGAGGUAGCAACAUGGUGAAGAUUCAGCCUGUUGCCAAAUAUGACUGGGAGCACAAGUACCAUUAUGGGAGACUUAUUGCUGUGUCAAAUUCUUUCACAGCGUAUGCAAUUAGAGGAGCCAACAACCAGGCUAUGAUACGUGUCUUGAGUGUGGACACAGCAGAGCGUUCCCUUCUGAAAGGCUUCACCGGUGCUGUCACAGAUCUGGCUUUUGCCCACCUUGACUCACCUCUGUUGGGUUGUGUAGAUGAAGCUGGCAACCUUAUGGUUUGGGAGCUCACAUGCACCAGCAGUACAAUAUUAGAUCAGAUAGUUGUUCAUAUCCGAAGGCCAUCGGACACUCCACUGAACUUGCAUCGGCGUCUCAUCUGGUGCCCUUUCAUUCCAGAUGAUAAUGAGGACAACCCGGAUGACACCAGCCAGACCUUGGCCCUUCUGCAUGAAGACAGGGCUGAAGUGUGGGACCUUGAAGUCUUAAGGGCCAACAAUGCUCGUUGGCCUGUUGAUGCCACAGAUUUGAAAGAAGGCCUCAUCACAGUGAAGGGAUAUACCCAGCAUGUCAGUGAAGGUGCCCUAUCUCCAGAUGGAACAGUGUUAGCCACAGCCAGUCAUGAUGGAUACAUCAAGUUCUGGCAGAUAUAUAUAGAAGGGGGGCAGGACAAGCCAAGAUGUCUUCAUGAAUUGCGUCCUCAUGGUGGACGUCCCCUUUCCUGCCUUCUUUUCUGUGACAACCACAAAAGGCAGGACCCUGAGGUUCCUUUCUGGAGGUUUCUUAUCACUGGAGCGGAUCAGAACCAAGAAUUAAAGAUGUGGUGUACUGUUUCCUGGACCUGUUUGCAGACCAUCAGAUUCUCUCCAGAUCCAAUGAACUUAACAGUUCUGCCAAGUCUCAAGGCAAGUUUGGACCUGUCCGCUGAGUAUCUCAUCCUUACUGACGUACAGAGGAAGGUUCUUUAUGUGAUGGAGCUGAGACAAGAUCUGGAAAAAGGGAAAGCAACUUUCACUGCAGUGUCAGAGUUUCUACUGACCCAUCCUGUGCUUAGCUUUGGAGUUCAAGAUGUUGCCCAAAGCCCUUUGCGACAUACUGAAGUUCUUCCUGCAGAGGAGGAAAGUGAGAGCGCAACAACAGAGGGAGCUCAAGGACCCACAGAGUCCAAAUCUGGCAUCCAGAUUAAAUUGUACUGUGUUCACACCAAGAGUCUGCAGGAUGUUCAGAUCUGGUUCCAGCCUAAUGCGGGAUCAAACUCUACUGGCCUGCCCCAUUCUGAUCCUCCAGAUAGUUUUGGGUUUUCAGACCAUCUGACAGACCAGAGUUCUGACAAGGACUCAGGAAGUGACCCCCAGAUCGACCUGAGAAACAUGUCAUCGCUUCCUGGACCUGCUGACUUCUUGUCAAACACAACGAAUGGCAACGGGCGAAUGCCAAAGUUGAUGACUCCUGAUGCCUUCAUGACACCAAGCACUUCGGUCCCUGCAUCUCCUGGCAGUAGUGCCAGUAGUCUGACAAUUGUAACAGCAAUCAGCAGCAACUCAACUGACUCUACCAAUAGAACUUCUGAUGACAUUAGUCAGAGUCCCAACCGGGCCGAUAAUAGUUUGUCACUUCCUGCUUCCACUAGCAGUCCCAGAUCUGCUUCCACUGUCCUGCCUGGACUGGAGACAAUAGGGGCACCGGCAUCCCCCAGCACUCCAAUUGUGCUUGACAACCCUCAGGUUCUUGGUUCGCCACUCAUUCAACCCCUUGCCUCUCCAACUAGGGCUCGCUCCCCUGAUGUUAUCUCCUCAGCCUCAACAGUCAUGUCACAGGACAUUCCAGAGAUUGCAUCUCAGACCCUGCAGCUUCAGCGUGGUCAUGUGUCCACCUUGGACUCCUUACCUCUGUCUGCUUUUCAAACUGAUAGUAUGGCCUCUGCUGCCUCUGCCCUUCACUUGCUCACUUCACCACGCUCAGCCAACAGCAACAGCCUGUUGCACCUUGAGCUUGGAUGUGUAGAUGGGCCUGCUGGAGGGUCUCUAGAGUUAGAGCCCAGACUUAACCAAACACCAUCUCUCUUGGAGACUGCUUCAUCACAGGAAAACCCUGGGUUAGCAGGAGGGUCUACAGAGAAGAGCAUUAGCCACACCUCAUGGCCAGCUGCUCCCGACAUUACCAGGGAAACCAGGAAUAGAGACAAUAGUCUUGGAGACUGCUCCAGGGAUGAGUCAAACGACAGACUCCUGGGUUCACCCUAUGCAUGUCGAACCUAUCACAUUUCACAGAAUGACAGUCAGGACCCUGGUGCUGAGCAGAGUGACCCUGAGGAUGAGGUGGCUGGUUCAACAUCUUCAUCUGCAAAUUGUGGCACUCGCCCCACUCACAGGCUACCAGUUAAAGACUGGAAGACCUCACCCAGAUGCUCGCCAAAGCUUAAGAGAAAGACCAAGAAAGAUGGGAGUGAAUCACCUCAGUCGAGACAAUUGGACUCUGGUCAGAUGAAUACAGAUGUGCAGCAAGAGUUGUUGAUGUUUCUCAGAGGGCAACAGAGAGAGUUAACUGAGCUACGUGGACAAAUUGAAGCCAUGCAGAGCUCCAUAAUGGCCCAAGUCGAGCGUGCGCUGACCAUUCAUCAGGAGCAAGAACAUUGCAGACUAGAGCAGGUUCUGGCAGAGACUCGAAAUCAGCAGCACCAUCAGGAAGAACUCAGCCAGCAGCUGAGCCACACACUCUGCAAUUCCCUAACAAACAGGAUGGACAAAGUCAUUCGAGAGGAGAUGAAGAAAACUGUUCCGCCAAGUAUUUCGAAGUGUCUGGAGCCAGUGACAUCUCAGCUGAGCAACACUAUAUCUUCUAAGAUGACCUCUGUAGAGGUCACCCUAAAGGACAAUGUCAGCAAGGUUGUCAAAUCCAAGAACACAACAGACGCAAUUGGCCGAGCCGCAGCAGAGGCAAUGCAAGGUCCUAUCCAGGCUGCCUAUAAAGAUGCCUUCCAGAGCAUUGUGCUGCCUGUUUUUGAGAGAGGCUGCCAGUCCAUGUUUCAGCAAAUUAAUGACAGUUUCAAGCAAGGAACACAAGAAUACAUACAGCAGCUCGAGGCCCAUGCCAAAAGCAGGAAACAGAGAGAGCAGGAAACCCGAGACCCCAUGAUUGACCAACUGCAACAAAUGAUGGACGGCUUCCAAAGCUCCACUGAUCAGCUGGCCAAUAGCAUGACAUCUAACAUCCGGGCUGAGAUCCAACAUCAGAUUCAGAUGAUGGUGGGAAAUUUGCAGGAGUCAAUUCUAAGUCAUGUACAGCGCAUUGUCAAAGGCGAGGUUAGCCUGGCAAUGAAGGAGCAGCAGGCAGUGGUGACUUCAAGCAUUAUGCAGGCAAUGAGAUCUGCAGCAGGUACCCCCGUCCCUACAGCACAUCUAGACUACCAGACUCAGCAAGCAAACAUCCUGCAGCUCCUUCAGCAGGGACAGCUCAACCAAGCUUUCCAGCAGGCUCUCUCAGCUACAGAUCUGAACUUGGUCUUGUAUGUGUGUGAGACCAUUGACUCCCAGCAGGUGUUUGGACAACAACCCUGCCCUCUCAGCCAGCCUGUGCUCCUGUCACUCAUACAACAACUGUCAUCCAACCUCAAUACUCGCUCUGAGCUCAAAAUCAGCUACUUGGAGGACGCAUUGAUGAAUCUGGACCACAGUGAUCCUCGAACGAGAGAUCACAUGGCCUCCGUGCUGACCCAAGUCAGACCGAAGCUCUUUGCCUUCAUGCAGCAGGACCCCCACAGCCCUCUUACCAAGAGAGCACGACGCCUCAUGAUGAUGCUACAAGGGCUCGUCAACCACUAGUUUAUUUCAAAUCUCAUUCCGAACUAUAGGGUUUUCGUAGAAAUUCAGAUGUUGAGUCAGUUUUCGUGCAUCUCCAUGAAUGUAGAGGAGAACAUGAUUAUUUGUAAUAUUCAAGGACAACUUCAGCCCACUAUCUUUUUAUUUUCUUGGUGAGAAGACAAGUUGAUAGUGUUAUUGCUGCCCCUGGGAAAUGGAUGUUGCAAACCUGGUGUUCGUGGCUGGGGCUAAGGUGAAUAAUAGGCUUUUAGUUGAGGAAGGUUGCUAAUUGCUAUUUUCCUCCUAGUCUUUCUACUCAAUCGUCAAAGCCAUGUGUCGAACAUAGGAACACAAAUUAUAUUUCUUUCCAUCCAGUGCAAUUAAAUUGGCUUACAUAAAAGAAUGUUGUGAACGUCCACAUUCUAAGAAGAUGUUUAAGUUUUCCAGGCCUUCUCCCAAGUUGCCAUUGAAGAUGGUCAAGAGUUUUGCCACUCCCUCAUGCAAGUGUGCAUAAGAAUACUCAUCUCAGUGGCUGAUGACUUCAAACCAUUCAGUUGUUUUCUGUUCCGUGUUCCUCAAGCGAGUCUUUGGAAAAGUUCAAGUGUUGUCAUCCUUUGUGUAUUUUUUUUUUCUUUUUUUAAUGACAAAGCUCGUCAAACAAAUAUAUGUAAUGUCCAAAGCCAAAGGGACUUGGACUUUUUGCCCUGAACAGGAUCAAUCGAGCCACUUUGCUUCCUGGAAUAUUUUAGGUUUAUCUUCUUUUGGAAGGAAUAAUAAUGAAAACCAUAUAGUACCUGAUCAUAACUGGCCUUUCCCCUAAAACCAUUUCACUAAGUCUCCUUUCAGGAUGCAACAAAAAUAAAUAUACAUUCAAACAGUAACAAGCAUACAGAAUGCUUUAACAAAAAAAAAAUGCCAUGUAAUAAUCUGACGUGUAGUUUAAUGCUGCUUGCCGUCCAGAGAAUUUUCAGUCGUUUUCUCACCCGUUUUUCCAUUUUUAAUAUAGACAUUUCGUCUUUGUUCAGACAUGUAUACUUGUUUAAAAUUAUGAAACCAGUGAAAAAGUAUUACAAAUUGAUUUGACACUUGUUACUGACAUCAGAAUAUUUGUUUUUGAAAACUGGAUGUGCAGUUACUUCUCAUGGGCUUUAGGAGGCAGCACCUGAUUGAAGUGCAUUCCCUACUGCUGCCCAUUGAGUUUGCUUUAGGCCCUAGAAGCUUUGUUUGCACUUGUGCAGCUUAUUUACAACACCAGUUUGCUGGGUGGUCACUGUUUUGCGGACAGUAAAUGUCUUAUUUUGACAUUUUUUGUUUAGAAUUUAAGUUGGAUUUGUCUCGCAAGUGCCUUACUGUAUUUUAUCUUGUUCUACAUGGACGUUUAAUCCUGUUAGGCCUUUCAGGAAGCUCUAAUAAUGAAGCAUUACCCCCUGAAGUCUUGUCUGUAUUGACAUUUACAAGCAUUUUGUGGUCAGACUCAAGCAGCACAUCAGAUUCAAGACUUUACAUUAAGCUGUUCAACCUCAGUUACACCACAUCUCAAGUGAAUAUAGUUUGACUUCUGCUUCAUCCUGAGUGGGAACACAACUGAAGAUUGUGUGUUGUACUCUUUCAACUGUUCGGUUUACUGUUUGGAUCUUUUACUGUUUGUUCUACUGUAAACAUUUGGCAUAAAGAUCUGUUGAAUUGA